GUCCAAACGUGACAAUACUGACACAUAAUGGAUCCGUACGCUGCACCACACAUUCCACCACCAGGAGGAGCUUCUCCACCACCAGGAGGUGCCUCACCCAUAAGAUCACCAAGAGAUCGUCGUGAGCGCUCCGUUUCACCACGUAGAUCAUCCGAUCCUUAUAGCAGACACCGACGCCCUUCCCACCGUGAUGAUUAUCAUAAAGACGAUCAUCGAGGUAGCAGACACCGAGAUGACUACUAUGAUCGCUACAGAGAAGACCGCUAUGAUCGAGGUUAUGACCGAGGUUAUGAUCGCGGUUAUGAUCGCUACGAUAGGGAUUAUGAUCGUUAUGGUCGCCCUCCGUCUCGCCACGGUCCUCCCUCCAGAGGUAGACCAAGAAGACCAGUGUAUCGCGGUAAUGAAGAUGAUCGAAAAUCGUCUACAACCAUCUAUGUGGGCAACUUGCCUUACAGUUUCAGAGAACCGGAUGUGUCUAACCUUUUUGAACGCUAUGGAAGAAUCAAAAAGACUACUGUUCUGCUUGACAACAUGACUGGAAAGAACAAAGGUUUUGCCUUCGUUGAAUUUGAAGAACGUCGCGACGCAGAGGAUGCUUUUGAUAAAUUCGAUGGUUUUAGUGUUGAAGGACGUCGAUUGAAGCUUGACUGGGAUGUUGGCAUUGACAAGAAGGAAGAUCGUCGUCCCCCUCGCCCUGCUGGAGACCGUGAAAGUUCCCGCGGACCAAUCGAUCGAGCAUCCCCACCCGUUCACUCUGAAUCAGCGCGAGGUUAUAGUCCGGAUUAUGGACGAGGAAGAUCAGCUAGCCCAUAUGAUAGACGUUGAGAAGCGCCCUCAGAUGCGACGUUGAUACUGUUGAUUAAUUGUGUGGACAAAAAGAGAGAUAUUUUCCCCCCAAACAAAUGAAAGCAUUGGACUAUCAGGCGUGCAGCUCCCUUAAUGUUGAUGACGAGAAUAUUGUGUGGAUAUGAUGAUAAUGGAUGCAGAGUUAUGGUAGAAAUAAGAAAUGUUGGUAUAUGGUUGCGG